GGGAAAAAAAAAAAAGUGGCAACCGACAAAACAAAGAAAGAGGGAAAGUUGUGACAAUCCCAAAAACCAUGGCAUUGAUCCACAUUUCCUUCUCUCGCUUGUUUUUACCCAUCAUUGUUCUCGUUUUGGCAAUCAACGGAAAGGCAGCGCAUGCCGCGGUUGAGAGCCAUUUCUGCGCCCAGGCCGCUCCCGGAGAAGAAAAGAUCCUCUGUAACACUCUCGUGAAUGGAGCCCCGACAUGGGAGGCCGCGUUCACCAACGUUGUCCAGGAAUAUAACAAACAAGUGGCGCCGAUCAAGCCGUUGAUCACAAACCUAGCCAAAACUCUUCCCGCAUCACUGCAGUCUGAGUCCAAGGAUUCGAUCGCGCAAAGCUGCAACGAAUCCUUGGGUCUGUUCAACGACUCCAUCGCUAACAUUUUGAAGAGCCUCAAGACCGGAAAUAAAUUGCUGUCACUUGACUCGGAGAUCGCAGCCAGCUUUUCAGGCUUGUCAGAUUGCACAGAUGGGCUCCAAGAAUUUAAUAUCAAUUCAGCUCAAAUUCAGAACAUUGUGGAUCUUGCCAGAAAAUAUGCCGACAUUUCUGCGGUCGUCGCCCACACCAAGCCCAACUAAAUGUAAUUAUUUGCGAGAAACGCUCUUUUCGUCUCUUAGGGUGAGAAUUGUUGUCACUACGAGAUUAGAGUUCAAAAUACUCCCCUGGCUUUCCUUCUUUUCCCCUGACUUUUUUCUCAGAUGAUAGAAUUGCAUUAUCCAGUAAAGCACUAUAAUGGUGCCAUUACUGGAUUUUGGAUUUAUGCAUGUGACUGUAACGAUUUAGAAGUUUUUGGCUUGAAUUUUUGCGACAUUGGAUAGCUUCUUUUGUUGCAGUUCGCCAUCAAUGGAAUUUUAUCAACUUACGUGCUUAAUUACGUACCCAAACCAGAGCAAAAUAUACUAAAAAUAGUGUGGAACAUAAUUUGUUUCAUUGUUCUGUAAUUCUAAAACAAGAAGAAAAACCACUGCUAGCUAGCUAGGAAAAUAGCGGGGGAAAAUCUGUGAAUGUAAUUUAUUUUAGAUUUCGCCUCAUCAAAUUGGAGCUCAGUUUACUGAUUUAAUGCAGAUGUAUGAAUGAACAUGGUUACACACACACAAGGGUCCUUAGCUAAACUCGGGCAGUGGCGGAGUUAAGAUUUUCGGUUAAUUAGG